AUGGAAGAAGUGAAGAAGUGGCUGCCACUACCCUUCCCUCAAAAGUACAUAAAAGCAAAGGAGGAUGCAUUGUUCAAAAAGUUUAGUGACACAUUCAAAGAGUUGCAUAUAAAUUUACCUUUGCUAGAUGUUUUGCAUAGUAUGCCAAAGUACUUGAGGGAUGUGGUGGCGAAGAAGGUAAAAUUGCAAGAUGUGGGAGCAAUAACAUUCACUAAAGAGUGUAACACUAUCAUGACACAAAAAAUCCCUAAGAAAUUGAAAGAUCAAGGGAAGUUUUCCAUCCCUAUUCAAAUUGGGAGUAAAGAUGUUCACGCAUUGAGUGAUUUAGGUAAAAGUAUAAAUUUGAUGCCCCUAUCUCUGUUUGAAAAAUUGGGCUUGGGAAAGCUAAGAUCGACCACUGUGAUUUUGCAGAUAGCAGAUGACUCUAUGGCAUAUCCAAAAGGGAUAAUUGAGGAUAUACUCAUAAAGGUUGACGAACAAGUACCAAUUAUUUUGAGACGCCCAGUCUUAGAGACCGGAGGGGCUUUGAUUGAUGUUAGAGAAGGCACACUCAAGAUGAGGGUAGAUUAUGAAGAGAUGGUAUUUGAUAUUUACAAGACCCUCAUUAAGAAUUCCUUCUAUACAGAUUUAUGCAUGAUCAAUGUGUUGGAAAAGGAUGAGUGUGGGGUGCCUAAGCCACUAAAGACCUCUUCCGACUACCUAGUUGAGUGGCCUAAGAUGAAACCACCAUUUUCCAACAUGUUGAAAGGUAAAAGAGGUCUGAAAGAGUGA